AUGGCCUUAUCUCAGAUGGGUUUUCCUCCUCUUUGGUGUAAAUGGGUCCAUGGUAUUCUUUCAUCUGCUAGAGCGACGGUUUUGGUUAACGGAGCCCCCACGUUUGAUUUUCAAUAUCAGAAGGGUAUGAGACAGGGCGACCCUUUCUCUCCGUUCCUUUUUCUUAUAGUUAUGGAAUUUCUUUCGUGUUGUCUGGUUAAAGCGGAUGGGAUCGGUGCGGUGACUGGGGUUAAGCUUCCUAACAACGGUCCGUCUCUUACCCAUCUUUUUAUGCUGAUGACGCGCUUGUGGUUGGGGAGUGGUCUAGGGGAAAUAUUCUAA